GAGCAAGCAGACGCGUACGUGGUAACUCUUCCUUUUGAUUGUUUUUGAGUUUCUCUGCUGUGCCGUAGGUUUUUUUCGAAGCUCGAAGCCUAUUAUUCUCACCCGCAGUCAAGUUUAUGCUGCCAUUGUGACUCAUGGAACAACAAUCCCUGGACUGUUUCGAAGACACGUAAAUUGAGUGGAAUUUUUUCGAAACUUAUUUCUCUGACAUCAUGAUCAGGAACACGCUGUUCUUGAAUCGCUUUGGUGGAUUCAGCAGAAGCAGCGGUCCAAGUGCAACACAACGAUGCACCGACAUUAGAGUAACUCGAUGGGGUGAAAGGGAAUUUAAACCGAUAGUAAAUACGAAUGCKAUUCAAAAUAAUCGUAUCGACACUUCGGCGAUACGAUUCUUUUUCAGCAGACGUAGAAGAUCUGGACGCAGCCGAGCAUCCCUCAAAUCYAGAAUUAAACGAAAGCAACUCGAAACUGAAUUGGGAUCGAGCGCAAGCGGCUUGACCUCCUUCUCCAAGUUGUAUGCUGUAUCGAAGAGCCCGCACCCUCUUCACCCACGCCCCGAAUUUAUGCGGUACUUGGAUCCGUGGUACGAUCUCGCGACGCUCUGUCAGAAACAGGAAGAUCUCUUGACCGACAAACUCGACAGCGUCACGCGAAUGUAUGGCGUACUUGCCACGCUAAUGUGCUCACUUUCGGCGGCUUUACUGGCCGUCGAUUUUCCGUCCAUUCCGGAAAACACUCAAGAAGAAGAAGACCAAUAUUAUUACCACCGUUCCAACAGCCGUCAGAUCAACGGCCUCAAGCCACCGGAAUUUGUCCCCCCCGCAGUGGGCCCGCUCAGGCGGAGAUCCUCCUUUAUCGAGCACGUCGUUCUCGAGUACCCGAAUCACGCAGCGGGAACGAGCCUCCUGGUCAGUUGGGGCGUCCCACCCCAGCGCUUGCACGACGCCUAUGCGGGUUCCUGCGCCCUGAGUUUCUACACUUCCCUGACGGCCACCGGGCUCGCGGGGAUCCUCAAUGCGUGGCUGUCCGCAACGCCCCCUGGGGGGGUUUCCACCUUUUGCAUGCGCUUUUCUAAAUUCGUGGCGCUGGUCCCUGCUCUGCUAGGAGCUUCGACCUUAUCGACGGGAACAGCCCUCUUCGUGGGACUCGACCGGAGCAAGGGGACCCCCGUGUCCUAUUUUGGGCUGGGAGGAAUCAUAUCGGGAUACGCGUUGUUAUGUGUGGCGGCACUUAGGGGGUGGAACGUGACGUAUCGRUUGAUUCGCAGGCUGGCACAAAAAGUCGAGAAGCGYAAUAGAACCAUCAUGGCAGCGGCCUCUAAAUAAAUGCGAGUUAUGCCAAGCCAUCCUACUGCUCUCUCAGUAUGAGCAAUGCUGCCAAAUUACACAAAAAUAGAUGGUGCCGAGAAGAAGGGACCAACAGCAAGGAAUUUCCUCUUUCUAGAAACCUAUUGUUUCGAAAAUUUAGAAUCUCGGAAGCGAAGACGGACUCCUCCGUCCCUAGGUGACAGAAAAUCGUCGCCUAUGACCAGAACCGUUGGUGUAAACGAUGCCAACGGUGAAUAGUAUUCUUCUUCGUAAAUUUUUUGUCGGAAGUACACUUGAAAUUCUUUGGAGCGUGUGGCGCUCCACAGCUGGAGUAGUGCCCCUCGGUGCAACGCUGAUAUAUUAUGACUUKGUGUAGUGUAUUUGUAUUCCCUAAUGUCAUCCCUCGUUCUCGAAGUUAACAAAUAUAAGUUUGACUC